CGAGACAUCGCAUCCCUUUAUAAGUUCGUACCUAAACACCUAUGAUUUCUGCUAGAUUAAUCUUUUCCCGUUCUGAUACUGAUCAUUGCCGUUACUAUCCUGUUUGUUGAUCUUUUCCCCCAUCAACAAUCUGCCACCAAAGCUGUCCGGCCGAAUCGAGCAGCAUGAUGGGUAGUACUUUUCGAAAUAUAGUUGUGAUAGGGGGCUCAUAUGUCGGAGCAAACACAGCCAAGGAGCUUGCAUGUAUCCUUCCAGCUACCCAUCGUGUUCUCCUAGUUGAACCACACAGCCACUUCCACCAUCUCUUCGCCUUUCCAAUAGACUGCCAGCCUCGCUUUGCCAUAACACCAAGCUACGAGCACAAAGCCUUUAUUCCAUUCUCAUCUCUGUUCUCCUCUGCCCCAGACAGCACCCGGCACCAAGUCGCCAAGGCCCGCGCCGUGUCUCUGCAAGCCAACUCGGUCACCCUCGACAGGGAAUGGCAGGGGUCCCGGACUGUACCCUUCGACUUUCUUGUUGUCGCAACAGGUACCCGUCUAACCGCCCCAGGUACUAUGCCCCACGAUGACAAGGCGCCUUCAGUGCGUUACUUGCGAUCAUACCAGAAUGGUAUAAGGAGGGCAAACUCCAUCGUGAUCGUUGGCGGCGGCGCGGUGGGGGUGCAAAUGGCCUGCGAUCUGAAGGAAGUCUAUCCUGCAAAACAGAUCACGCUGGUCCACUCACGUCAGCAGCUUAUGCCGGUGUAUCACGAAGCCUUGAGCGACCUCAUCAAAAUCCGGUUCCAGGAGCUGGGAGUUGAACUUGUCACGGGAAGUCGAGUGGUCAUUCCGCAAACGGGCUUCCCCAACAACGAUGAGAGUCAGAAACCAUUUGAGAUCCAACUUCAAGAUGGGCGAGUACUCUCAGCGGAUUUUGUGAUCCAGGCGACGGGCCAAACGCCCAACAACCAGUUCCUACAAGGACUGGAACCGUCGUCUCCGGACUCGGUCGUCAACCCCAAGAACGGCUUCAUCCGCGUAUUGCCCACGAUGCAAUUCCAGGAUCCAAAGUACCCGCACCUCUUCGCGGUCGGAGACAUUGCAGAUUCCGGAGCGCACAAGGCUGCUCGGCCUGGAAUGGUACAGGCUGCUAUUGCCGCCAGGAAUAUUGCUGCCAUGGUGGCCGGUAAUAAGCCGGUGGAACGCUUGUCAGUUGCGCCGGCUGGGAUACAUUUGACGCUGGGCCUGACGCGAAACGUCCUAUUUCGGAAUCCUAACAAAGAGGCGGGCGACACGGAGCCUUCUAUAACCCUCAAGGACGACGGCCAAGAAGACAUGAAUAUCGACGCGGUGUGGCUAAGACGCGGCGUGGUUGUGUCAAACCCUCAAGAUUAUCAUUUGUGAGCUUCCCCAGGAGCUGCCACACUGGUAACACCUAUCUUGCCUGCGUAGGGAAGGGGGUGUAGAACUGCUUGGGUCCAGGAAGGCACUCUUUCCUAGAAAGUGGUAACGAACUGUGUAUAGCCUGUCGUAAAAUGGAAGGAGCCGCUCUCCCUGUAAGUAGCUAACAAUUUGAAUGAUUAAGAAGAAGGGUUGAAACUCCGCUUAAUGC